AUGGGAAGGUCAAAAGUGAUACCUGAUGCAGGAAACUAUGGGUAUGAAGAAAUCAGUAACUUCAUAGCCCUUGCCGGAAUUUCUGAUUUUGUGGAAGAAAGAAAAGCAUCUGAAUCAGAUACCGAAGACUCGUCCAGUGAUGAAGAAUCUGAGAUUGAUAUCUACGAAAGCUUUAAAGAAGUUCGUGAUGCUUUGGUUGAAACCGGGAAAGAGAAUCUCGAAUUGAAAAAGGAGAAUGCUCGUCUUGAAGAAAAGGUUGGAGAACUUCAGAAGGCACUUCAAGCGGAAAAAGAUCUCAACAUGGAUAAUCUCAAUAUCAUGUUGGAAAAGAUGGAAGCGGUUAAACGAGCAGAUGACAUCACCAAAGAGUACUUUUUGGAGAAGGAGAACUCCAGGAGUCUACAAGCUGAGUUAGAUCAACAUCGAAAGCAACUGAAGAUGUUGACUGGAACUAAGGAACUCGACAAGAUCCUGAGUCUUGGUCGUGUUGGGAAGUCAAAUCUUGGUCUGGGAUACUCAACAGGAAGUGGAUCAACCGGCAAGACAGUCACUUUCGUGUCUGGAGGAAUAGCUCAAGAUGUUGUUCAAGCAGAGACUAGAUCAUCCGCACAGAAACCUGAUCCCAUCCUAAGGAGUGAAAAUCGAGGAAAGACCACCAUGGGAUUAGGAUAUGAGGCUAAGAAAGUCAGUAAUGCUAGAGCAUCACAUCGCCACAGAGGACAUCAAGGGAAACAGUGCUAUUUUUGUGGAGUUGUGGGUCAUAUCAAGGCGUUCUGCAACAAGUUUUGUGCUAGAGUUGAUCACGCCUGGAGACAAGGACGCUACUACUGGAAUCAUGGACUGAACCAAGUCUUCAUCAGGAAGACUGAUCUUUACCAGAAUCCUGCUCGACGUACAGCACCAGGUGGUACAAGACAGCGAUUCUGCUCCAAUAUGGCACUAUUUGAAGAAAGCAAUGAGGUGGACAACACAGGAACGUGGUACUUCGACAGCGGUUGUUCCAGACAUAUGACUGGCAUGAAAGAAAAUCUGCAGGAUGUGAAGCAGUUAAAAGGAGGAAAGGUGACAUUUGGAUGUGGAACCAAAGGAACUAUUCAAGGCAAAGGACGAACAUCUGAGGAGCACCACAGCUUAUGA